AUGAGCAGCAGCAGCAGCAGCAGCAGCAGCAACAGCAGCAGCAGCAACAGCAGACGCAGCAAGAGGUAUGUAGAUGACCUGGAUGAAGUUGAUUUAUCAUCCUUUUGUAUUGAGUCUCUUUAUUCUCCCUCUAAUGCAGCAGCAGCAGCAGCAGCAGCAGCAGGAGCAGCACCAACAGCAGUAGCAGCAGCAGCAGCAGGAGGAGGAAAAGUGCUAUCUCUUGAUGAAUCUGCAGCAGCAGCAGCAGCAGCAGCAACACUAAACAAACUUAAGAAGCUGCAGCAGCCGAAGGCCCCACGCCGUGGGCGUCGUUUUGCUGCUGCUGCUGCUGCUGCUGCAGCAGCAGCAGCAGACGAAUCAGCAGCAGCAGCAGCAACAACAACAGCAGCAGCAACAGGAGAAGGAGGAGUUUGGUGUUACAGAUAUAGAGAUAUGCGGUUAGUGGAGGUUGUUGCUCCUCUUAUCAUUAAACAAAUCGAAGAAUUCUCUGUUAAAGAUAUUUCUCUUCUUCUUAAUGCCCUUCGUAAACUUGAAUUACCAAAGACAGACACUAUUGAACUUCUUGUUAAUCAGAAUGCUGCAGCAGCAAAAGCAGCAACAUCUGCAGCAGCAGCUACAGCAGCAGCUAUAGAGGCAUCUACAGCAGCAGCUACAGCAGCAACUGUAGUAGCAGCAGCAGCAGCAGCAGCAGCAGUAUGUGUUGGUGUGUACGUGCAGCGUGAAUGUCCCUUCGAUGUUCAAUCGAUUUGUUUGCUGCUGCACUCAGCAGUUUGCUUCACAGGAGCAUCAGAAGGAUUGCUGCUGAAGUUGCUGUCUGCGUUAGCAGCAGCAAACCCUCAGCUGUCUCUCCAUCAAGUAGACAAACUGCAGCAGGUGCUGCUGCUGCUGCGUCACCACUAUAAAGAUUUUUAUGCAUCUCUUCCUCCUAAUAUAAUUUCUUUCUUAGAGGAACUUCCUCAGCCAACACCUAAAGAGUUAGGGCGUGGUUAUAUAAUUCGAUGGAAAGGAGAAGUAAUAAAGAUAUUGAGGUGUAUAGGCAUCUCUUCUUUUCUUUCUUUUGUUCCUUUUGGUCCUGUUACUGCGGAUAUAUUAUUACCUAAUAAAAAUAUUGCUAUUAAAUGUACAGGACCUCACAGUUACUAUUUAGAUUCAUCACGACUUACUGCUUAUACUCUCUUACAGAAACGUCUAUUAGAAUUACAGGGUUUACGUGUAUUUAUAUUACCACAUAUGGAAUGGAAAGAAUUAAAAGACGAAAAAGAAAAAAAAAAAUAUCUUUUUGCAUUUGGUAGAUUAGCUGCUGCUGAGCUGCAGCAGGAUUAUAAUGAGGAUUAUGCUAUAUAG